AUGAUCAUCAACAGGGCAGCCACGCAUAGACAUGCAUACGCGAGCAAGUGGUAUAAUAUGUUUGCAGGGACUAUGACCGUCUCCGCGCCAGAAGACUACUGGGCUCCCAUCCGAAAAUCUCUCACUGAGAAUCUGCUAGGUUAUAUACCAGAUCUUAACGCCAAUGGCGCCGUCACCGGCUCCGUAAGUAUACCUGGUGUCGUAACAACGAAGCCAGUGGUUACGUACAUCUCUCGUCAAGGGGCGGGGAGGACUCGGAGGCUCACGGAUAAAGAUCAUUAG